UCAGCCACUGCCAGCCGACGCCUGAAAGGCAACCAGGAGUACCGCAGGAGACCACAACGGCGUUUACGUGUACCCAUCUCCUUUCCGUCUUGCUCUUCUGUCUGUCUGUCUGUCUGACCUGCUGCAGUGUGUAGAUUUCCAUGUCCACACACGUAAAGCAGUGAGCAGCAGCCAUGGUGGCCCAUCCGUCGAUGGUGUCGUAGCUGCCUCUGUAUGUCGCGCCGGCGGGCAGCUCGUCCCUCUUCAACCACUGGUAGCAGCGACGCAGAUCGCCGGCCGGACGACAAUCCGGCCACCCCCACCCCAGCCACAGGCGGCCGCCACCGAUGACCACACUGCCACCACUGCAGCCGUCGUUGGUGGCCUUGACCACCCCCUGUGGGCCGGCGACCUUCAGAUACUGCUGGUUGUGCGGCACUGCGAUGUGUGUGAUGCCGUCGGCCUCGCUAAAGGCGCCACACACCGAGUAGAGGGCCAAGGGGCACUUGGUCUUCUCCACACCAGUGGCGUCAGCCGGCUGCUUGAGCUGUCCGUUGAUGUGGGCGGCGAUGACGUGGUCGCCGGUGUCCUUGGUGACCAGCAGCAGAUUGGUGGCGGUGCCCACCUUGGUCAGCAUGGUGGGGUACAUCCAGCCGUCACACGCACCCCUGACACACAGCCACACACACACACACAGAGAGAGAGAGAGAGAGAGCGACUCAGUGACAUCACCACUGUUUCUCUCAGUGGGCUGGUCACCCACUUGUAGAGCAGCUUCGGCGUCGCAUUGGCAUUGCCCGUCAUGUUCAUGAGCUCCUGCAGCUUCGCAUCGGACAAGAUGGGCUCGGCCGGACGAGUCGUCGACACCUGCACACAGACAGACAACAACGGUCCAUCACAGACACAUCAACUCAGCCGCCCUUCGGUGAGGUCUGACUGACCUCAUAUACCUCCAGCCGCUGGGCAGUGAAAGAAUGGCUGCCCGCCAGAGUGGCCCGUCCGUUGGUGUCGUAGCUGCCCAGGUAUGUCUUCCCGGCGGGCAGCUCGUCCCUCUUUUCCCACUGUUUGCAGCUGCGCAGAUCGGCCGCCGGACGACCAUUCUGUCCAUGCCCCAGCCACAGGCGGCCGCCACCGAUGGCCACAUUGCCACCACCGCCGUCGGUGGCCUUGGCCGCCCCCUGUGGGCCGGAGACCUCCACAAGCUGCCAGUCGUGGGGUAGUGUGGUUUUGACGAUGCCCUCUUCGUCCUUGAACGCCCCACUGAUGGAGUAGAAGGUGACGAGGCGGCCGGUGCGCACCGCUGCUGUGGGGUCGGCUGGCGCGAUGAGGGGGCCGUCGAUGAGGCACGCGAAGAUGUGGCGGCGAACGUCACUCUUGCGCUCGGGCUCGAUGACGAACAGCCGGCCGCCUUCUCCGCCCGCCACUCGGUCGAGCAGAGCCUCGUGCGACCAGCCAUGCUGAGAACUCCUGACGCACCCACACAGAUAAACAGAUCCUGUCUGUCGUGUGUUCUCAUUCUCUCUGCUGUGUGUGCUCACCUGAAGAGGCACUGUAUGCGGCUGUGCGAUUUGCCGAUCAUGGUCAGGUACACACACUCCAUGAGGUCGUACAUCUCAAAGGCACUCAGCAACUGCGGCCAGUCGUCGGUGCUGGGGAGGGGCGUGACGGCGUCGGGGGCCAGGCGACGGCGGCGAAGGAAAUCCACGACC